UUGAAAAAAAGCGGACGUAACGACCACAUCCUUUCAAGCAUACAUAACAGCGGUUGAUAGUCAGCGUUUUAUCCUAAGCGUCUGGCCUUGGAAACGUUUAUCAGACAUGAUUUCUGAAUUACUCGGCAUUUAGCGUUAGCUAGGCAGCUAGUUAGCUCCUCAACCAUCGAUUAGGAUAGAAUCCACCAAUGCGGUAGUCACCUGUGCUUCAUUAUGGAAGAUUUUUCAAUUUGGAGAAAAGUAAUAGGAUGGGCCAUAUUGUGGUAUACUUCAUAUAGAUUUGUGAAGAGAUUUAACAGCACAAAAUGCCCGGAGUACAGCUGUCGAAUUAUAACAGUUAUUCAUGCAAUUUUAAUCACUGUGAUCAACUGCAAGCUUUUGUUUUUCUCAGGGACAUGGCCGUUUGAUAUGUUAGGCCUGCCGAAUAAUCCAAUUGAAAUUGAUAUUAUUUCUGUCUCAUUAGGAUAUUUCUUUUAUGAUUUUAUAUGGUGCCUCCAUUAUAACACAGAAGGACCAAUCAUGCUUAUUCAUCAUAUGAUCAGCAUAGUGACAAUGUCCAUCAGCUUAUGGAUGGGGGUGUCGGGAGUUGAAGUUUUAGCAACGAUCUUUGGAAGUGAAAUUUCAACAAUAUUUUUGGAUCUACGAUGGUUCAUUAAAUACUAUAAGAUGCAUGAUACAACUGUUGGAAUAACAAAUGAUAUUUUAUUUGUUCUUUUAUUCGUUGGAUUUCGAAUAUUUCUUGGAGGAUACCUCGCAUACUGUGAACUUCUUUCACCGGCACCCAUCAUUAUGAAGCUCGGUGGUUCAUGCAUGUACUUAGUCAACUGUAUAUUUCUGUUCCAAGUUCUAUCAUUUGCAAGGUAAGUCAAUUUCUUGUUUCUCCCCCAGCAAUCAAUGUUCAGUCUUCUUUCAUUAAGUGUCACAA